AUGGCAAAAACCACAGGAUUUUCAGCAAACUUGAAGCAAUGGCAAAUACUUUGGCUUGGCGUUGUCAUUCUUCUAUUCUCCACUAACGGUAGUAACAGCAAUCGGAUAGCUCCACUUGCAGAAGCUCAGCAACAACAGCCACCGGGAAAGCUGCGGACAAGACGGGCCAAGGGGAUCGGAACGGGAACAUCCACCAUUGUCCAGCUGCAUGACAUGGCAGAGCCUCCGCGACGGCACCGAAAAAGGGACAAUGACGCACAUCUGGAUGGAACCAUCAUGACGGCAGACAAUUCAGAGGACAAAGACAGUCCACACCAAAAGACGAUAAAGAAGGUUGCAAACCCUAAAAAGCCCAAGCCUCUUCAACAAGUCAAACCACCACCAAACAUGAAGCUGGAUGAUAUUGUACCUAUUGAAACCCCGGAAUCUCCGUUUCUCGAGAAAUGGAACGCAGGAAUCAAUAACACUGACUGGCUUGUGAAUGUUUCCUUUGGAGAACUUGACUAUCUAGGGCAUAGCGGUUUCUGGUAUGCACGGUACCCCUUGGGAGUCUGCCAGGGAGACUGCCAAACAGAUGAUGAUUGCCAAGUGGGACUCUAUUGCCAUCAAAGAGUGCGCUAUGGAGCCGUCCCCUUUUGCACGGGAGGUGAAACGCUGAAUAGCACAAUGGAUUUCUGUUCGUGGGACACAUCCUACCCACCACCCGCUCCGCCCCCCAAGGCUCCGAUUGGCGCGUUUCAAAUCAAGUUGUAUUGGGAAAAGGGCUACGAAUGGCAGGGUGAAUCCGUAGACAGAAUGUGGUGCAUGAUCACAGAUUACGAUGGGUAUCCCGGGACGGGAGAUUGUUGGUACGGUGACUAUCCCGAAGAAUGCAGUUUUUCGCAGGUCUACAUUGGACGGUGCCUCGAGGGAGACCCGCGUCAGUGGUUCACCUUUGUCGAUUUGGGCACGACGUAUUCCAAAAAUGACAAACACCACGAAGUCCUCAUCCGGACGGUUCACGAUUGGUGCCUGUACCGCCACUUGAGUGCCAUAUACUUGACCCCCAAUUGUAAUCCACAAGAUCCGAAACAACGAUUCUUUGCUCUUUCCGGUUCCUUUACUCCCAACCCGGAUGAUUCCGAUGGCAAUCGAUUUGAGAUUGGACAAUAUGCAGGGUAUACCCACGACAAUUGCCUUACGACGGCUCACCACCCAAAGUCUGGCGAAGUGAUUGAGUUUCACAUUUGCGAUCACAGUCGGAGGAGAGGAGACGAAACGAGCUAUUGGGAGCUACUCUUCUGA